AUGCAAUAAUAAGGGUAAGGAUAAGGCAGUACCAUUUAAGAUUUCAACGUCCUCGAAAAACUAGGAGAGGGAUCCUUCUCCUCCGUCUACAAGGUAAGGGCAGCCUGAUUAUGUAGGUGUAACGGAAAUCGGAUGGGCAAUAUUAUGCAAUGAAAAAAGUCAAUAUAUCUCAGUAGACUUAUAAAGAGCGAGAGAAUGCCUUAAAUGAAAUUCGUAUAUUGGCCUCACUUGACUCUCCCUACAUCGUUGAAUUCAAAGACUCCUUUCUUGAUUCCGAAGGCAAGACGCUGUACGUGAUAAUGGAAUUUGCUUCUGGCGGAGACCUAAAUAGCUUGUUGAAGCAAGGCAAACUCAAAGGGGGAGUUGAAGAAUCUGAAAUCUGGAGAGUCCUAACUUAAAUAACCAUAGGAGUCAAAAUGCUGCAUGACAACAAUAUCUUGCACCGAGAUUUAAAAUUGGCGAAUGUCUUUAUAGCCAAAUCUCCAGAAGGGAACAUAUACAAAAUUGGUGACUUGAACAUCAGUAAGGUUACGCAUGGAGCCAAUGCUCGAACAUAAGCUGGAACACCAUGUACUAUAAUAAAUCCUAUAUAUUAUUAGAUUACGCAUCUCCAGAAGUUUGGAAGGGCGAACAGUACUCUUGGCCCUGUGAUAUCUGGUCCAUUGGUUGCAUCAUCUAUGAAUUGGCAGCUUAACAACCUCCCUUUAGAGCAGCCGAUCUCUAAUCCUUAAGCAGAAGAAUUCAAACUGGUGUUUAUGAUCCAAUCCCAGGAAAGUAUAGCAAGGAUUUGUCAGAAGUCAUUAAAUUGAUGUUAUAGGUCGUUCCUCGUAACAGACCCAGUUCCGAUGCCAUUCUAAAAAACCCUAUAGUUAUAAGAAACAGUGGCUCAUUGCUUGUCGAAGAGGAAGUUGGAGGAAAGAAAGUGGCGAAACUCUUGCAAACCAUCAAAUUACCUUAUAACCUAAAGUAAUUGAAGGGCAAUCUUCCUAAACCUAAUUACGAAAACAAAAUCAAAAGAUCAAGUUCACAAUCUGGAAUCAGAGUCAAUACUGAUAUCAGCUAAACACCUUAGCCAGUAAAGAAAUAACCAGAAGAGUCAAAGCCUCCUCAAUUAUAUCAAAAACCUCCUCAAUAACAAUAACCUUAAUCAUAAGUGAUUAGCAAGCCCCCUAUAUUAAAACCUCCUAUGGCUUAACCACCAAAACCACAGUAACCUCAGACUCCUUAAUAAUUGUAUAAUAAAGUACAAUAAUAAGAAUAGAGAUUAAUUGGACAACAAAAGUAAAGAAUUGAUUUUUAUUGUAGAUAUCCCAGUCCUGUAUAUCAACAGCAAUAGUAGAUUACACCAAGAGCCUAGUCUCCAAGAGGAAACCUUCAGCAGAGUAAUUAAAAUAGAGCUGCUGGUAUGCCAUCUGGCAUGAGGAGACAAUACAGUGCUGGCCCAAUUUAAAGAAGAUGA